AUGAGGGUCGGGCUGCUGCACCCGUCCCUGGGGGACAAGUUGGAGUGGGUCUCUCAGUUCUUAGGGCAGGAGGACGAGCAGCAACAGCAGCAGCAGCAGCAGCAGCAGCAGCAGGACCUGCCCUGCAAACUGACCACGGCCAGUGACUCCUUCGGGAACCUGAGCUCCAUCAUCAUCCAGGACUGUAUGUGGAGCGGCUUCUCGGCCGGACAGCAGCUGGAGAGAGUUGUAGGGGAGCGCUGCGCCUCCUGUCCCGGGACGGGGGCGGCUGCCAAAGUCGCAGCCGGACCCGCGGUUACAUCCCCGGGGAGAGCGCAGAGUGCCCCCGCCGACGUUUCGGCUCUCAGCGGACUGGCGGCGGAUUGCGUGGACCCGGCUGCGGUGCUCACUUUCCCGUUAACCGGGGGAUGCAAGAAACAAGUGUCCUCUGGUUCAGAGUCUCACACCGACUCAUCAGAUGAUGAAGAUGACAAAGAUGAGGAUGAAGAGGAGAUUGACGUGGUGACGGUGGAGCACAAGCAGCAACGCAAACCUCGCCGACUGGUCAACGCUCGUAAACCGGUGACGAUAACUGUGCGCGCGGACCCCCUCGACCCCGGCAUGAAGCGUUUCCACAUCUCUAUCCACCAACAGCAGCACAAUUAUGCUGCGCCCUCCCCGGACACGCUCCCUCCUCCGGUUGAGCCGCCUCGGAAGAGGGUCCGGCAGGAGGCCUCCACCCAGGCCACCCAGCUGCACCAGAACUCUCACUACCACCAGCCUCGGCCCGGCCACGCCCCUCUGAACUUAGACAGCAGGAAGUCUCAUGUAACCGUGGCUGGAGUCAGGUCCGAGUCACCUAACCUCAGCGCCUCUUCUCCUACCUCCUCCACGUCACCUUCAUCUCCUCCCUCCUCUUCCUCUUCCUCUUCCUCCACCCCAAACUCCCACCCCCACAGCUUCUCCUCAAAGUCCCACUUCUUCUCCCACCUCUCCAGCCCCCAGUCCUCAGACUGCGAGGACACAGACAAACGCAAGGCGCACAACUUCCUGGAACGCAAGCGGAGGAACGACCUGCGCUCGCGCUUCCUGUCACUGCGGGACGAGAUCCCGGGCUUAGCGGACUGCCCCAAGACGCCGAAGGUGGCGAUCCUAACGCGAGCCACGGAGUACCUGCAGCAGCUGCACGUCAGCGAGAGGCAGAAGGCUCAGGAGAGGAAGCAGCUGAAAGCCAGGCAGCUGCAGCUGCUGCAGAGGCUGGCGCACCUCAAACGAUCCUGAGCGACGGGGUCGGCUGUCACCACACACACGCACACUCACAGAACUGAACGGGACUACAUGAAGGAGAAAAGACACUAAUGUUCACUUUGAAUUGGUCACGUUGGAAUAGUGCGGGUGGAUUUUCUUUUUUUUUUUUUGUGGUUUGCACAUUAGCUUCUGAGUGAUUGACGAGGCCGUAAGCCGGUCAGGACAGCAAGCUAGGGACUGAUCUUAUGGGGCAUCUUACGGGCAGAUUAAUAUGUCCAUGGUUACUCAGUAUAAGUUUGUCAAACUAUUAUAUUUCCCCUUGCUAAAAACUGUUGCUUGCUACAGGAAGGCUUGUUGUGAAUGCAGCAGCUCCUAGUUGAAAAAAAACUGCUACAGCUGUGUUGUUAAAGUGCAGCAUGGUCUGGUCAGACGCCUCCUUGAUUGUGAUAGGGCUUGGUGUGCUUGCACAGCAGUGAUGUCUCCCCUUUCUAUCAGUCGGAAGGGCCCACUGAAGUUUCUCUGCAGAGUCUCCUUCAAAUUUCAACUCCUUUACAGUCCCCUGCUCCUUAGCGCUUGGCAUACAACUUGUACAUUUUCAUACCAAGUUGUGCCCUUAUUUCGCUCUGUGGUUUUUUCCAUUUUCCUUACUUUUUUCUUGUUCUCUCUUUCCUCUGCGUUUAUUCACUCUUUUUCCUUGUCAGCAGUUAAAGUUUUUAGCUUUAUGCUUGCCGAUAAUGGGAAUGCG